CCGGCUGGUGCUGGCGGGACGAGAAGCGGAGCUGCCGCCACGCGUUGCUUACCUGGCCCGAUUCGGCGGAGGCGGCGGGGAUCGGCCGCUUGUAUUCUGAAGAGCUGCUAACAAAGCGGUUUAACAUGGAGAAGGGAGCUGCGCUGCGUCUCACGCUGAUCAUUGUGACUCAGGUUCUUGCAUCCCAAUCCAUUGCAAACUCCAUGGAAUGCCGAGAGGGCGAAUACCUGGAUGAUCAUGGCGUAUGCAGCCCCUGCAAGGAGUGCGGCCCUGGAUUCGAACUUUCCAAGGAGUGUGGCUAUGGGGAAGGGAAGGAGGCUGACUGCACCCCAUGCCAGCCCAGGAGGUUCAAGGACAGCUGGGGACCGCAUGGCUGCAAGUCCUGCCUCUCCUGCGCACUGAUCAACCGGGCCCAGAAGUCCAACUGCAGCACCACCUCCGAUGCCACCUGUGGAGGCUGCUUCCCCGGGUUCUACAGCAAAACUCAGAUUGGUGGAUUCCAGGACCUCGAAUGUGUGCCCUGCACAAAGCAGACCCCAUCCUCCGAACCACAGUGCCUUUCUAGAAUUGGCUUAGAAGAAAGUUCCACGGAACCUGCCCAAGACCCGGCUCUGGUGGUGCUCACAAGCAGUGCCCUGGCACUCCUGGCGCUGGUCCUCCUGACGGUCGCCAUUCUCUACUGCCAGCAAUUCUGGAAGAGCCAGUGCCAACAUGUGUUUUUGAGAAGUCAGAAUGUCUCUGGUCAGAGAGUGACAUUUCGGACAUCUGCUGGGCCAACUGGUUUCCAUGAACUGCCGCCAGAUGCUUCCUCCUUGGACAUCAGGAACUUCAGGUCUCCCUACAGACCCCCAGAAGGCCCUGUCGGAGCUCUUCAGUUUAUCCCAGGAGUGGAUGUUUCUGGAUCCCACCUCCCCCAUCCACAGCCUGAUGCAGAUUGGUCUAAGCUGGUGACGGUCAUUUCCAAGACCCCCCAAACCAGGAGCCCCUUGGAGACGCAGCCUCUGAUAGAGACUUCUGGGCUCCACGGCUGCUCCUUCCACGGGGCUUUUCCGAGGCAGAGGACCGCAGCAGAGGCCUGGGGCCCUGUCGGAGCUCUUCAGUUUAUCCCAGGAGUGGAUGUUUCUGGAUCCCACCUCCCCCAUCCACAGCCUGAUGCAGAUUGGUCCAAGCUGGUGACGGUCACUUCCAAGACCCCCCAAACCAGGAGCCCCUUGGAGACGCAGCCUCUGAUAGAGACUUCUGGGCUCCACGGCUGCUCCUUCCACGGGGGCUUUUCCGAGGGCAGAGAGGACCGCAGCAGAGGCCCUGAUGGCCCAGGCCAGCCCUCCUCAGAUCUGCCUUUGCUCUCAUCUGACCUUCUGGAAGCCUCUUGGGUGGAAUUGGAAAUGUUGGGCUCAGUUGUCAUAAGUCGGGGACCAGCUGUAUUACUUGUUAAGGAGAAACAAAGAGUUCAACACUGGUGGGGAAAGAUGGGCCUCCUGAGGGUCCUCCAGCCCUCCUCCUGCGCCAGGGAAUCGCAGCAUUGCUGGCCUCACACCCCGGUGGAAUGCACUGAGCUGGAUCUGCAGCGCUUCUCUGCCUGGGCCGGGAAGGGGACUGCCGAGACAAGAAUGGCAGGCAAAUGGAAGCCGACACCUGAAGGGUCUGCCUGUCCAGCAGCCCAAGCUGGGCACUCUCUGGAAGCGGCUUCAGUCUCGUGUUCCUCCUUCCAAAACCGGACUCUUGAAAGUGGGGAGCCCCUGCAAAGUUCCUCUAGCAAUGUUUCUCUGGAGCAGCCGCCACUCUGAAUAUUUACCAUUUCUCCUCUCUCUUGUGCACUUCAGCCAUUGCUAUUCUUCACGUGGAUGUUGUGGCACUGGCAACAUUGGCCCAGCCAAGGAGACCUGCCUUCCAGAUGGAUUCUGUGGCGUUGUCAGGCUGUCUUUUCUUUCACGCCAUCCGGCCUCAUCCCAGACUGAAAAGGUUGUCCCAUCUCCAUUGAUGGAUCCCGAAGGCUGGCACUGAGCCAGAUGUCAAGGUUGCGAAGGUUUAUUGACUUCCAGGCCAGUUUUGGAAGAAAGCUCUGCAGAAGGUUUAGCAUUUUGAUGCUUUUAUGCUUUAUGACUAAUGUAUUGGGACUUCAGGCCAUAAUGUCCAACUCUAGGAUGUUUUCUACCCAUCCACGAGAACAGCCGAACGAGCCCAUCCAGGGUCUGCUGGGAGUCGAGUGGCUUCAGCUGAGCAAGACACUACCUUGUCUCCUUGUCUCUUGGAGUAAAAUCUUAAAAGAGAGCACAAAAAGAGUUUACUAGAAGAUUGUGGGAGAAAGAAAAUCCAAGAGAGACCUGGACUAUCACGUGUCUGCUUGAUUUCUCCAUGAAAGUCACCUUCAGAUCAGCUUCCCAAGAAGGUUGCAGGUUCUGGGCACUGUCUCACGGUUUGUCCCAUUUGGCUGCUUGAAGUGUGUAGCUCCAUCUCACGAUGGAGUUACUGUACAAUACUUGAAACUCCUGGAACUUAAGUAGGUUUCUUCGUUGAUGUUAAAAAUGUGGUUUAUUUUCAGGGCGUGGAAGGAAGUUACAAUACUCCAAAGAACCCUGAAAAAUUAUCUUACAUUUCUGUGGAUUUGAGGUGUUCUUUUUCCUCUGGACACUGAUAAUAAUUUCAACAUGGCUGUUUUCAAAGUACGCCUUGAUCAUUCUGAGCUUCUGAGUUCUUCAGCAAAUAUAAAAGGAAGGAGAAGGACUCUGACCAGACUUGUUUAUUUCCUCUUUGAGCAGAAUUGUAGAUACUGCAUGAAAUUGAUUUUUUAAAUCACAAAAAUGGUAGCAGAGGAAGGCCUUUGCAAAUUAGGCCCAUUUUUUAAAAAAAAAAUCCAGACACUCUGAGUAUUAUGUAUUUUUUCAUUAUGCAUUUUUCAUUGAUUCUAGAAUAGAGGUCUCCAACCUUGACAACUUUAAGCCUGGAGGACUUCAACUCCCAGGAUUCCCCAGCCAGCAAAGCUUGGCUGUGGAAUCCUGGUUGGAGGAUUGGAGCCCCCUGUUCUAGAGGAGUCAGAUCCUGUCUGGCUUAUCUGUACUGUUAGCGAGGCCGUUCAUUCAGUGUUCCUUCCUUGCCUUUGCAUGAUGCCUUCCUUCCUUCUCAGAUACGGCUCUGUCAUCUCAGGGAGGUAUCUGACAAUCCACCUUCAUGUGGUCAAUUCCAGAAUUCAGUUCCCGGUAUAAAUAGUGGUAGUCCUCACUUAAUAAC